UUAAUUUUAAUUAGCAAAUUUUUUGGAACAUUUCUCCUUAAUCUACUUUACAUUACGGAAUUAUUAAUGUGUUUGCGUACAUUUCAGUUUGUCUAUAUUUUCCCCGUUAUUUGAUACAUUAACAUUAUUCUUAGAAAAUAUAGAGAAAAUUUAGARACUCUUUGCUUUACUAUUAAACUAAGUAAUCUUAAGACUUCAAUCUCGAUUCAAAUAAAAGACUAUCGAAUAACAAUUUUUUUUAUCUGGAAAGCUCCAGCGGAUAUUUACUUUAAAUCAUCAUGCAUAUGGCGACUAUUUUCGCCGGUGACCCUAUCGAGCGCGCACAUUAUGAAAAGCUGAAAAGGUUUGUUUUUGAGAAGAACUAGGAUGUUAGUUUGUAGCGACAGGAUGUGCACACAAUGGCGCAAGAUGGGUCAAUGUGUUUUUCUCCGUAAGUGCUUUUUAGAAUAUAUGGUGCUCUUACAAUAUGCCUUAUCUAGAGGCUUACUUGGACUGUCGGUCAUUCUAAAAGCAUAUUUUUGAGCUGCUGUCUGGUUUCCGAAUAAAUUAAUUGCAAUUAAGUUCGCGCCAAAAACACUCAGUAUUACAACAAACAACGAUCAUUUCAUUGAGUCAGUUGGUUGUUUGUUUAGUGGGGUAGUCUGCAAAACUGGUAAAUAUCUUCUUGUUUUUACAGGUGUCAACAACAACAUCCUCAGGGGACCCCAGUAGGUAAUCAAAACUAACAGUACAAUUUGACCUGCCUAUGGUUUUGGGUUAAUUGUCCCUGUCGACAGUUCUACGCUCAAAUUGACCACACACGCAAUAGGAGCGGUUAAAAGGCGCACGACGACAAAAGAGGUGGCUUAUCGAUGAGUUCCWGGUAGUAAUCACUUCGAUGUSCUAUAUAUCCAUUCUCAAAUCAUUACUGAGGCAUCAGUCUGAUAGUACUGCCAAAGGAACAACAUCAACAGCGCCUCCCAUCAGUUGCUAUCGCGUGCUUCUGACACGCGCUGUAAUCAAAGGGUCUAAGUGGUUCGCUAGUUCUAUAAGAAAUCUUAUCUUCAACUUUAGCCUUAGGUCAUUAGCAUGGCUGACGCGAUCAACUGUUCUUUUCACUCUCGGUGCGAACAAGAAAACGUUUCUUCCACCAAUAAUCCAGCGAACAAUGCUCAACCAAUCUACUAUGAAGAAUCAUUCCCUAUCUUACUAACGAAAUACUUCCUACUAACUCUGCUUAUACUGAUUGGAGUUAUUGGUAACAUAGUUGUUGUGAUAGUAACGACCAAGCGUAAGGCGUUCAAUUCAUCACUGGAUCUAUUCGUCAAAAAUCUAGCUAUCGCAGACCUGGGAUUUUUACUCCUAGUCACUCCGAGUGGUGUUCUUCGAGUCGAACUGCCCUACCAAUGGCCAUUUGGAGAGUACGUUUGCCUGUAUGUAUUCCCCAUGCUUGAUCUCUUUUAUGGUGCUUCUGUUUGGACAAUUGCUGCCAUUGCUAUAGAACGAUAUAGAAAUAUUGUAGGCAUGGCACGRGUUCAUCGACGAGAGAGGCACACGAAGCGUUCUGUCAAGAUUCUUGUAGUUCUCGUUUGGUGCUUUUCCUUCGUUGUUUUUUGUAUCCCGGUUUAUGUAUCGGUUACGUACAUUAAAGACCCUCCAAUUUGUACUGUGCAGUGGACUGACGACCCUAGRCAAGAGCUUCUUGCUUUCAAGAUUUGGUUAGGGUUUUCAGUAUUUCUUUCGUACGUUCUCCCACUCGGAGUUGUUAUUUGGACAUAUGUUGUAAUAUCGCGCCAAUUGAGUCGCAGUAGUACAUUUCUCCUAAGUAUCAAAGGCAUCGUCUCGAGAAAAGCUGCCAAAAACAGGCGUCAAGCAAAAGUCGAAACAGUUCAAAGUCAUGAAGAUCAAGCAACCCUAAAGUCUAUCAACAAUGGCAACUUUCCACAGUCCCAGCGAUCUCCAGUAGAUAGCUCCCGACUAACACAGAACCGGAGAGCAAAAAACAUCCUAACUCCUGUUGCAGUUCUUUUCGCAGUAUCCAUGUUUCCUAAUAGUGCCAUAAAACUUGUGCUAAUUUUCUGGACUAUAAAUGCGCAGCCUUAUUAUCUUAUAAUAUUCUUUAUAGUGAUUAUUUUUGGCUGCGCCAACUCUGCCUUCAACCCGAUUGUCUAUUGCAUAGUCAGCCGAGAAUUCCGAAACGCAUUCAAGACUCUUUUCAACCUCCAAAAAGAAAGAGCGGGCUCGAGAACCUCAAAUGGUGGAUUCGACCAUCGUGAGUCAACAGACCGCCGAAGCCGGACUAUCGAGUUUUCCUGUUCUCAUUUAGGAAAUGACGAGCAACCAGCUGCAACCCGAAGCAGCUCGCGUCUGUUCUUAGCUUGUAACACCAAACUUUAAACCUGUACAAAAAAGAAACUGAACUGUUCAAUACCAUUGGAAAUAAUACUAGUUGAGUGACUAUUUGCGUGACGCCUGCUUAUUUAGAUUUCAAAGAAAUCAAUGUAAAUAACAUCGAUUUAAAUUAUGGUUAUUUAACGCAAAAUGAACAUAAAUAGUUUGUAGUAUAUAUUUGUUCGAUAGCGGCAGUUCACUUCGUUGUUAAACGAAUGUAGUCCAUGAAUACAUGCAAAUAGGAAAAUGUAUAUGAAUUUUACAAAUAAUAGACACUGUACAAAAACAGUGAGCUUAACAUCAAUCAAGUAGACGGCAAAAAACGGAACUAAUUCAACAAGAAAUUAGUGUCUUUACUAUAGGUCAUAAAUCUUGUUGAUUAUGACAACUAUUUGUUUUAAAAACGUGUUAUUACAAACACUGUGCACGGAUAAAUGCUAGUCAAGAUAUAUUUAUCUAUGUAUAAAUGUAAUUAAAUAAAAAGUUGAAAAUAAUGUUCCAUUUAAUACGCAAAAACGAAGUGGAAUUAGGACGAGCACAAAGGUAGAAUGGGUUAUUCAAAUGUUGGCAAUUAAAUCGCUUUCUAAAAUUAUUARAAAAUAAGAAUAACGAUUAUAUUAAAGCCAACGUUAAAUAUCAUCAUAUUGAGAUGUUAUCAAGAACAGAUUUCUAUAAAGACACGGAGUGGCGCGAAAGGAUUGCGAACGCGCGUCAACCAAAACUUUACUUCCUGUAGUUCAAAACUGUGAUUAUCAUUAUAUCAUGCGACAUUAUUUAUUUUAUCGUAUGUCUUUGAUAUAAACUGUACUGAAAAAAACCCAACUAGUUCUAAAAGCGAUGAGAAACGUGAAUGUUUUCAAGUGGUCAAGUAUUGAAAUAAAAGCGAGGUUUUGUUAUCAGUGAUAGGAUUAAGAGAACAUAUAACAUAUUGUCUCUUACUCAACGCUGUCUCCUUAUAAAGGUUCUAUCUUGUUUAACUCACUGAUGAGUCGACUCGAAGUUAUUUACUGAAUCAAGAUUAUUUCUGUUUGUAUGGGUAUAAGAUACGUUACGAGAACUUGAGGGAAAGAGAUUAGCAGUGAGUCUAAACACCUGUGCGCUARAAUUUCAGUGACAAUUC